ACACGGACGGGCUAACGCGUGCAGCGACAGCCAGUGGCUCCUGAACCUAGCUGAGGCUGCCGGCUCAUGCUCUCCGACUCUUCUUCUUCCCCCACCCCAACACCCCAACACCCGCACAGAACACAAACUGAAAAAAGGGAGGCCCGCCUUUAAGGGCUCGAUCGCUCUCUCGCUUGCGUGCGGGCUGGAUGGAUUUGAUUCUGGUAUUUGGUAUUUUCUAGGCUUUUGAGUGGGCGUUUUGGUGAUUUUGUUUUCAGGGGAAAAAAGAGAGGCGAAAUUGAUAUCCUACUUCCAUAUUUUUUGGGGGAUCAUGGCAUGUGCACAACACCCAGAGGAGGAGGAGGAGGCGAUCCCAACGGGAAGUCCAAGAAUACCAGGAACAGUUAAUUGGGGUACAGCAACAGUCGUCGCAGUAUUCGCUGGCCUGCUAUAUGGAGGAAGCAGGGAGGCUGCUGCAUCUAUUAGCAAAGAUGCAGAAGUGAUGUUGAAGCUUGGGAGUACACCAGAUAAGCGUGAGCAGUACAGACUAAUGAGAGAUGCCAUGGAGAAAAGGUUCAUCCGAGUUGCUCGUGGUUCAAUAAUUGGUGGUGUUCGCCUUGGCAUGUUUACUGCUACAUUCUAUGGCUUGCAGAACCUUCUUGCUGACAAGCGUGGUGUACAUGAUGUGUUCAAUGUUGCUGGAGCUGGUGCUGCCACUGCAGCAACCUUUGGUCUUAUAUUGCCAGGUUCUAUGUUGUGGCGUGCCAGGAAUGUAUUGCUUGGUUCAGUCCUUGGAGCUGGAAUUUGUUUUCCUCUAGGCUGGUUACAUCUGAAGCUGGUGGAGAAGGCAAAUGAAGAUAUGCCGAAUUGUAAAUCGUCAUCUGAUUUAAGUGAGAGGGGAGAGAUGAGUGGUACCCGUGUUGGCGCUGCAAUAGAGAGGCUGGAGGGCAGCGUACAAAAAUAACUGUUUUCUCCUACCGAGCCUGGUUUCAUCUGUUUUGGUACAUCAGGAAGGGGAUUAGGUGGAAAUAAGAUGACCGUUCGCCAAUAAGAAACUUGACUGGGAUGAUGUGUGCUGGUGAUUGGUGGGGCCGGUGUAAAUUGACCCGGAGCUUUUGCAAAUCCUUUGAGUGCAUCAUUACUUUCUUGCUUAGGCAAAGGUCUUUCCUGAGUUAAUAUGCUAUGUUUUUUCAUAAACCAUCUGAGUUUUGGUGCAUACAGCUUAUAGUACUGAAGUGGCCAGAUGCUGUUCAGCAUGGCAGGCAUGAUUGGCAAUGGUAUACAUGCACCCCUUUACAUUAUUGUUUGGAACUUGCUGUCGUUUUUUGCGAGAGGAAUUCUUGGAUAAAUUUAUGU